AUGGCGGCUCCGGGGGCCAGCGGGCCGAGCUCGGCCUCCAACCCGAGGAAAUUCAGCGAGAAGAUCGCACUGCAGCGGCAGAGACAGGCGGAGGAGACGGCGGCCUUCGAGGAGGUCAUGAUGGAUAUCGGCUCCACACGGGUAACGGCGGGUCACGGGGAGGGCGGCAUGUCACUGGCCGGUCACUACGGUACGGCCACCGCAAGCGCUCACCGGAUCCCACCCAGGGGGGCCACAGCUAAUCAGGGUCUCACUAUACACCUGUCAGAGUGUCACAGCUAAUCAGGGUCUCACUAUACACCUGUCAGAGUGUCACAGCUAAUCAGGGUCUCACUAUACACCUGUCAGAGUGUCACAGCUAAUCAGGGUCUCACUAUACACCUGUCAGUGUGUCACAGCUAAUCAGGGUCUCACUAUACACCUGUCAGUGUGUCACAGCUAAUCAGGGUCUCACUAUACACCUGUCAGUGUGUCACAGCUAAUCAGGGUCUCACUAUACACCUGUCAGAGUGUCACAGCUAAUCAGGGUCUCACUAUACACCUGUCAGAGUGUCACAGCUAAUCAGGGUCUCACUAUACACCUGUCAGUGUGUCACAGCUAAUCAGGGUCUCACUAUACACCUGUCAGUGUGUCACAGCUAAUCAGGGUCUCACUAUACACCUGUCAGUGUGUCACAGCUAAUCAGGGUCUCACUAUACACCUGUCAGAGUGUCACAGCUAAUCAGGGUCUCACUAUACACCUGUCAGUGUGUCACAGCUAAUCAGGGUCUCACUAUACACCUGUCAGUGUGUCACAGCUAAUCAGGGUCUCACUAUACACCUGUCAGUGUGUCACAGCUAAUCAGGGUCUCACUAUACACCUGUCAGUGUGUCACAGCUAAUCAGGGUCUCACUAUACACCUGUCAGUGUGUCACAGCUAAUCAGGGUCUCACUAUACACCUGUCAGUGUGUCACAGCUAAUCAGGGUCUCACUAUACACCUGUCAGUGUGUCACAGCUAAUCAGGGUCUCACUAUACACCUGUCAGAGUGUCACAGCUAAUCAGGGUCUCACUAUACACCUGUCAGUGUGUCACAGCUAAUCAGGGUCUCACUAUACACCUGUCAGUGUGUCACAGCUAAUCAGGGUCUCACUAUACACCUGUCAGUGUGUCACAGCUAAUCAGGGUCUCACUAUACACCUGUCAGUGUGCCACAGCUAAUCAGGGUCUCACUAUACACCUGUCAGAGUGCCACAGCUAGUCAGGGUCUCACUAUACACCUGUCAGUGUGCCACAGCUAAUCAGGGUCUCACUAUACACCUGUCAGUGUGCCUCAGCUAGUCAGGGUCUCACUAUACACCUGUCAGUGUGCCUCAGCUAAUCAGGGUCUCACUAUACAGGGUCUACACUAGUCAGUGUCACAGCUAAUCAGGGUCUCACUAUACACCUGUCAGUGUGUCACAGCUAAUCAGGGUCUCACUAUACACCUGUCAGAGUGUCACAGCUAAUCAGGGUCUCACUAUACACCUGUCAGUGUGUCACAGCUAAUCAGGGUCUCACUAUACACCUGUCAGUGUGUCACAGCUAAUCAGGGUCUCACUAUACACCUGUCAGAGUGUCACAGCUAAUCAGGUCUCACUAUACACCUGUCAGUGUGUCACAGCUAAUCAGGGUCUCACUAUACACCUGUCAGUGUGUCACAGCUAAUCAGGGUCUCACUAUACACCUGUCAGAGUGUCACAGCUAAUCAGGGUCUCACUAUACACCUGUCAGUGUGUCACAGCUAAUCAGGGUCUCACUAUACACCUGUCAGAGUGUCACAGCUAAUCAGGGUCUCACUAUACACCUGUCAGAGUGUCACAGCUAAUCAGGGUCUCACUAUACACCUGUCAGUGUGUCACAGCUAAUCAGGGUCUCACUAUACACCUGUCAGUGUGCCACAGCUAAUCAGGGUCUCACUAUACACCUGUCAGUGUGUCACAGCUAAUCAGGGUCUCACUAUACACCUGUCAGUGUGUCACAGCUAAUCAGGGUCUCACUAUACACCUGUCAGUGUGUCACAGCUAAUCAGGGUCUCACUAUACACCUGUCAGAGUGUCACAGCUAAUCAGGGUCUCACUAUACACCUGUCAGUGUGUCACAGCUAAUCAGGGUCUCACUAUACACCUGUCAGUGUGUCACAGCUAAUCAGGGUCUCACUAUACACCUGUCAGUGUGUCACAGCUAAUCAGGGUCUCACUAUACACCUGUCAGUGUGUCACAGCUAGGGUCUCACUAUACACCUGUCAGGUGUCACAGCUAAUCAGGGUCUCACUAUACACCUGUCAGUGUGUCACAGCUAAUCAGGGUCUCACUAUACACCUGUCAGAGUGUCACAGCUAAUCACGGUCUCACUAUACACCUGUCAGUGUUUCACAGCUAAUCAGGGUCUCACUAUACACCUGUCAGAGUGUCACAGCUAAUCAGGGUCUCACUAUACACCUGUCAGAGUGUCACAGCUAAUCAGGGUCUCACUAUACACCUGUCAGUGUGCCACAGCUAAUCAGGGUCUCACUAUACACCUGUCAGAGUGCCACAGCUAAUCAGGGUCUCACUAUACACCUGUCAGUGUGUCACAGCUAAUCAGGGUCUCACUAUACACCUGUCAGUGUGCCACAGCUAAUCAGGGUCUCACUAUACACCUGUCAGUGUGUCACAGCUAAUCAGGGUCUCACUAUACACCUGUCAGUGUGUCACAGCUAAUCAGGGUCUCACUAUACACCUGUCAGUGUGUCACAGCUAAUCAGGGUCUCACUAUACACCUGUCAGAGUGUCACAGCUAAUCAGGGUCUCACUAUACACCUGUCAGUGUGUCACAGCUAAUCAGGGUCUCACUAUACACCUGUCAGAGUGUCACAGCUAAUCAGGGUCUCGCUAUACACCUGUCAGAGUGUCACAGCUAAUCAGGGUCUCGCUAUACACCUGUCAGUGUGUCACAGCUAAUCAGGGUCUCACUAUACACCUGUCAGUGUGUCACAGCUAAUCAGGGUCUCACUAUACACCUGUCAGUGUGUCACAGCUAAUCAGGGUCUCACUAUACACCUGUCAGUGUGUCACAGCUAAUCAGGGUCUCACUAUACACCUGUCAGGGUCUCACUAUACACCUGUCAGAGUGUCACAGCUAAUCAGGGUCUCGCUAUACACCUGUCAGUGUGUCACAGCUAAUCAGGGUCUCGCUAUACACCUGUCAGUGUGCCACAGCUAAUCAGGGUCUCGCUAUACACCUGUCAGUGUGCUACAGUUAUGCCAGCUCUCACUUGAUUCCUGACAAUGUGCCACGUCUGCCUGACUAACUUUCUCGUGACAGUGUGCCACAAGUACGCCAGCUGUCACGUGUCUCCUGACAAUUUGCCAGUGAUAUGCCAGUGUCACAGAUAUACCAGGUUUCACAAGGCACCGUUCAGUGUUCCACAGGUAUACUGGGUCUCAGGGGACUUAGGUCAGUGUACCACAGGUAUGCCAGGCCUUACGUGACUCCUGUCAGUGUGCCACAGGUAUGCCAAGUGUCUCAUGGCUUCUGUCAGUAUGCCACAUGUAUGCCAGGUCUCACGUGAUUUCUGUCAGUGUACCAUAUCUCCCAUGGCAUCUAGUAUGCCAGAACACAUAAGAUGGAUGUCAUCACGUUAGCUCUACAGUGGUUCCUGCCAAUGUGUCUCACGUUUCCGCAUCACAUAUGUGUCCUGCCAGUGAGUCACAGGUUUACAAGAUCUCACGUAUCUUCGGUCGUUAUGCCACAGUUUGCCAGAUCUUACAUGUCUCCUGUCAUUGAGCUAGGUAUUUCGUGGCUCCUGUCAGUAUGCCACUAAUGUGACAAAUCUCAGGCGAUUCUAACUCUGUGCUGCAGGUGUACCUGAGUUCAUUUGACUUUUGAUAGUAUACCAAAUGUAAUGUGACUCUAGCCAGUUUGACAGCCAUACUACGUGUGAUAGACCUUGAGAAACAUGUCACAGAAUGUUGUGGGAGUGUCAUGCUUACGUUAACUCAUCUUUGACUGCUCAUUGAGGGCCUGCAAGCUUAAGAAAGUGUUAGAGAUACUCAGACAGGGUUGGUGAGUGUACAAUAGCACAAGGGAUCAGAACACCUUGGGCUACAAUUAGCAUAAAUCGAUUCUAAUGCAAAAUCUAAUUGUAACAACCUCUAACCCUAAACAUAUUUCCAGUUGUACAUUUCACCUUAAUGCUCAUUGAUCUAAUAAUUUUCCAUCAUUCACUAAAUGUAAUCCCAAAUAUUCUAUCUCCUGGGGUUGUAACUCACUCGCUGUCAGUGUAGCCCUAACUUUACAUAUAUAGUAGGUCAUCGCUGAGCAACUCUCUUGCAUCCUGAUGUUGUUCUUUGCUGGAAGUUUAGGUGUCUAUCCAUCCUCUUGUCAGCCUCAUGUUUGGAAAACCUUCGCGAUACAAGACUAGUGAGAAUAAUAGAUUGUGAUUGGUCGAGUAAAGGGGCUGUUUCUGCAUUUUGCUGUUAUUUCGACCCAAAUUAAAGUUACAUGAUUGACCCAUGUUCCAGAAAUACUGUUGUAUGGCCUCUGUUAUAUUGUCAGUCGUUUUUACCAUUUUGCUAAAGCACAUUUGUGGUGUAGUUACAUGGUUGCAAAUUCAGUUUUUGCUAUAACUGCCCUGUGUGUCCUUUCAUCGGGGGAAAUUAAUUAUAUUUCACAAUCUGUGGCAAACAUCGUAGAAUACUUUCUACAAACUAUUUUUACUAAAUUUUUAACUGCGUCCUGACCGGCGGUUAUCAGACAUCAUUGAUUUAGGUGGAUGCUGACAGUUGAUCAUACAAAAGGUAUUUGUAGACACACAGAUUGUCAUACUGCUACUGCACUACUACAGCCUCCUUUAUCAAUUGCACUUUCACCCGCGAUGUAGUCAUUCACUUAACAGAGCGCAUCAUCAAUGGACGGGGGAGCUAGAUACUUCACACUGGGGGUUAUUAAGUAAACUGGCAAUUGGGGAGAAUUGACGCAAAGGUAUUGCAUCUGAUAUUGUUCCGCUAUUACUUGCUUAUAGAACAAUUCUACUGAAACCCACAGAUUCUUGGCAAAUCCUUCCGUAUUAUGACAGUUCUGACACGUUCAAUACAUUCUCAAUAUUUUUCUCUCAUAUUAUCGCCUUGCCAGUUUAAUUCUAGCCUGUAUUCGUAUGACACAAAAGGAGAUCAUUGGUAGGUGGAAUGCCUUAGUUGCCAUAGCAGCAAAAAUCUAAAAUGUUUCACAGAUGGAUUUUAAACCUUUUAAAACCUGUGACAAAUUGAAAUGACAAUACACUCAAUGAAUAGAUUAUGCAUCUUUUAAAGGAGCAAGCACAGUCUCUGGUUUGCAAACUGAAUGGAAUAAACCGACAUCUGGAAUCGUUGUGUGCUCUCUAUAACCACUUAAAGAUUUUCUUAAUGGUCCUUGCGGAAAACUAAAAAGCUCCUGGUUAGGAUGGCGGCAUUGCGUGCUUAAUUGCUGCCGCCAACUGGGUGACGGGAGCUUCAUAUUCAAAUAUGCAGGUUUCAGGCAAGCUAGGAAUAGACAUGGAUCUUAAAAAGUAACUGACCUUUGACACCAUAAACAUUUACACUCUGAAAUUAUACUUAGCUUUUUUGAAAAGUUUAUAAAGUAAAAUUUUACCCUCUGAUUUAUUAUUAUUAUUAUUAUUAUUAUUAUUAUUAUUAUUAUUAUUAUUAUUAUUUAAUUCAUAAUUUUAUUCUUGCAUAGGCCUUACAUCGGGUAACCACACAGAGGAUCUCUGAAUAUGCAUCUAAUGAAGCAGACUUUGUAAGCUUCUCUCUGUAUACAACAAUUUGGGACACAUGGGAAAUUGCCAUGUGGAAUGGUCAAAUAUUAAUUGUAGAUUAUUUAAAAUGAUAUUUAAUGUGGACCUUUCUUCGUACUGUAAUAUAGAUCUCUGAACUGCCUGUAACUUUCCUUUUUAUUGGCUUUCAUUUUUAAUUGUUAUAAAGUUCUACUUAAUCAUAGCCUACUUAUUACACAGAGCCCGGUAACCAGAGCUCUCUCGAUAGAAACUUAUAUUCAAAAACUUGAAUUAGCCUAGAUUUGAUCUGUAUUAACCAAUCAUUUUAAACAAAAGGCUAAGUUCCAGGGCUCAUCAGUUCCACUGCCUCUAGUCAUUGUCGAGUGACAAUUUAGCCCUAGCGAGUAGAAAUUCACCCUUUGUGGGUAUGCUAUGCCUUGCCGUGGCUAGUAACUUUUAAGGGCUGGCUAGAAGAAUAGGACUUCAAAUUUUAAGACCUACUAAGCUCUUUGUAGCAAUUUGUUUAAAAGUAUAGUGUCAGAGGGCUUUGUAACUUGUUGGCCUUGGCUUGGUUUAAUAAAAUGAUAUCAAGAUUAAUCUGUACGCUCUGUCCCUUUGUCACAGUACUAUGUACAUGCAUCCUUUAUCUAUCUUGUUUUAUUUAAAUGUUUGGUGUUCUGUAUAUCAAACCAUGACACAAUCGUAUUUCAUUGCUAUGUGACCCAGCGAGCUCCUCUCUGUGGUAGUUACAGGUACAGAAGCUGAGAAUGAACCACAUUCGAGGUCCUUAUUAUGGAGGAUCCCUUCCUAACGUAAACCAGAUUGGAAGUGGCACAGCAGAUUUUCAGGUGACUCCGGCUUGUUAUGUACCCCACAUUCCUUUCUUGCCCCUCUGUACCCCACUAAUCCACGUUAGCUGCUACUCUUUUCUCUGUCUGGCUGCCUAUUUAUGAUUUCCCAGCCCAUUGUCUGCAUCCUAAUGUUCCACGGAAAUCGCUCCUCUCCGCUUUGUGUCAUUCCCACAUCUAGACCUCUCACUUAUUCCUGUGCUGCGUUCUACUGUUUCCCAGGAUCCUUUGCUCUUUGCUUUGUGUGCCUGCUUAGUCCUUGACUCCAUCUUUCUGAUUUUUAGAUCUCGCUCAACUUGGCAUUAUUUGGUGGAGUGCUACUUUCAGACCUUUGCUUUUUGUGCCUAAUCUUUCCUGUUCCUAUAGAUCCAUGGAAUUGCUUGUACUUUGCCUAAUUUGAAAAUGUUAAAUCCUCUCCUAAUGCCCGUGCUGCUUCCUACUGAUUCACUGAAUCCGUUCCUCUUUGCUUUGUUUGUUGGGCAGCCACAUUCAGGCCUCCCUGAUCGUGAUUGUGCUUCAUCUUACUGAUCUAUGGAAUCUGUUACUCUGUGCCUUGUGUUCUGUGCUGCCCCAUCCAGACCCACCUGCCCGUUCCUAUGCUGCAUCUUUGCGAUUUGUGGAAUCUAUUGCUUGGUGUUUUGUCUGUCAAAUUGCCAGGGCUCCUCUGAUAGUUCCUGUGCUACAUUCUCCUGAUAUGUUGGCUUUGCUCCUCUUUCCUAUGUGACUUCGUGCCGGUGUCUGCCUUCCUGCCUCAGUUUUUUGCUGCAACCCAGUGAACCACUGAAUCUGCUCCUGUUUGCUGUGUGUAUCUGGCUGUUAAUUUCUGUCUUCCUUGAUGAUUUAUGGAGUUUAUUAGUGCUUUGCCUAGUGAAUUGCCAUCUCUUGUCUAACACAUGCUACUGAUCAACAGAAUCUGACCCUCUUUGAGUUUUGUGCCAGGCUGCCCUGUCCUGCCUCUGCUUAUUCCUAUGCUUCUACCUUUCUAUCCAUGGAAUUUGCUCCUGUAUGUUAUGUCCGGCAGCUAUUGGCCUCCAUGCUCUUCCUGUACACAUGUUAAUUCCAUAAUUAUAUGCCCAGCAUAUGUUUCUUCUGCUUGACUUCUCUGUUUUUGUAGUUCUCUUUUCCAGUCCACUGUAUGCUUCUGACUGGCUGCAUGACCCUGUGUUUGGUAGCUUGGCCCUUGAUCAAUGUGCUUUGCCUUUGACCCAUGACUGUACAGCAGUAUUCUGUGAUCCCCAAUCUUAUUAUCCUGCCAUGUCCUGGUCUUUUGGUAAUCAUGUAUCCCAUUGUCCUACAGGGUUCCCCACAUUCCCCUUCGGACCCUACUCGCAGCACACGACACCACGGCUUAGUGGAGAGAGUGCAUAGAGACCCCCGACGUAUGAUGUCACCACUGCGUCGUUAUAUGCGUCAAAUAUCCUUUUCCUUUUUUUUGUGACCAUGUGAUGCUUCUGAAUGUAUAUUGUCACCGUAAUGCCAAUGUAACCGCUUUCUGCUGAUGUAUAGCGUGCAGGCCUAGUAGUCCGUUUAUUAUGGAUGGCUUACCGUAGAUGUCUCAAAUGAGAAAUUAUCCUUAUGAUGUUAAGCUGCAUAUUGGUGUGUAUGUUUGGAGGCCUUCCUUUUAUACCCCAUCUAUAUCUAAGGGUUAAUAUGUGUGCCAUGUUCGUGCUAUAUCAGGUAUUGAUUUUAUUUACUCUUCACAAAGCAGCAGUAUUUAGAAGUGGGUAAUUGCCCCUCCACCUGUGAUGGGCAGAUUGCCUGAAAAGAGUCUGUUUAAUUUCUCACUUUAUCCUCCUGGUCUUCUAUGUAGGCCAACAAGUCUCUUAAGUAGAUGAGGAAAGGGCCAGCUUGGCAGUGGAACACACUUGGUGGCAUGUGUUCCACUUAUUAGCUCUGUCACCAGUCCACGUACGCUGUAGUUUAGACAUGUUCCAAGAUGAUUGCAAGCCCACUGCGCAUGCGCAAAAGCAGUCAGUUGGCAGCUGGCCCCAAAAAUUCAAACUCUCUAUUUAAAGACUUUUUGCUGUCUAAGUACUGCAGUAGGUAGUUUCCAGACGUGUUUCAGAUGCAGCUCUCAUCGCGGCCUCCUCCAUAGGUUUUCUGAUUAGGAGUGUUUCGGGGUUCAACUUCAGGGUUAUCUUGGUCAGGCACUGCUUGCAUAAUAUUUCUUUAACUUGCACACAUCGAUAGCUCCCCAUAUGGUGUUUCCUACCUUUCCCCGCACCAGGAUCCCAGCUUGAGAAGGUACUAUGAUGGAAGAUGUGAUAACUCUUUAAUAUGUUCAGUUUGGGGGGUUGGGGGUUAAUGUAGGUUAUCUUCCUUUUUCUGUGGCCCUCUGAUUGUCCUGAGCACCAGGUUCUCUGAUCUACUGCUGUCUACCUACUAUUUUUUCUCACUUUUAUUGAAACAUUUGCUUCCAUGUCUGCACUAUUACUAAACAUUCGAGGAGUCAUUUCACUCCGCGUUACAGAAAAAAAUAUUUAUAUUUAUGUCAAAUUUCUGGCACUAAGCAGAUGCGCAGACACACUGCUUUGUUUGGAGGACAUAUUUUCAGCAGGUACAGUGCUCGUAUUGGGGGACACGUUUUCAUUAGACAGUGCUGGUAUUGGAUCUGAGAUAUGUUUAUAUGACUUCUCAGGUUGUUUUGGGUUUCAACCUGGCAGACCGUGUUCCAUUCCUUGAUUGGGAAUAAAACUUUUUUUUAUUUAAAAAAGAAAAGAAAAAAAUAUAAUUAUGGGUUUUGUUUUAAUCAGACAAAACAAAAACAAACGUUUGAGAUGUAACAUGCAGUGAAUAUUUUGUAUUCCAUACAAUGUAGUUUAUCCAAGUUUUAAUUGGGACUUUUACAAAUAUAUAUGAACAUACAGCCGCCUAAAUCUCACGUGCUCAUGAAUACAAACCCCCAAAACAUAAUCAUGCAUAGAUUGAGCUUACAACCUUUUGAUUACUAGCUCCAUACUUUAUUUCUAGGCUUCUUUUUAUGCACUGAUUUGGUUUGGGAUUCCUUACUGGAAAUUAAAUAGUGCACUUCACAAAUUGCCUCCAUGAUGCAGAGUGGGCACUUUUCACAAACGACCUAUGUUCUGCACAUGCCCAGCUGUUACCUCUCAGUAGCUUAACCAGACAGCCAUUGUUCAGUAUCAGUGAGCCAGUCUGUGCUGUGGUGGAAGAAAGGGAGAGGAAACUAGUACUACAGUAAUGUAAGGUGUAUGCUUACCAAUUAUAACAGAGCUGUGAAGUCAGUAAUUUUUAGUAAAUCUCCCACAAUUUAAAAUGUUGACUUAUACACAGCAUAUAUGGUAAAUUGUAAUAUAAUUAUAUAUUAUAUUGGUUUGUCUCUCUAAAUGCAUAUAAAGUAUAUGCUCUCGUAAUUCUUCCUGUCUUUGCUUUAGAGUUCCUACCUUUAACCUGGAAUGGGUAUAACUUGCUAGGAUUUUUUUAUCCAGUAUUAUAAGUAUGCAUUACAUAACAAACAGUGUAGUUAAAGCCACUGGGUUGUUGUAUGUGUAGGAAGUAUUGACGUUAAACUUGGCCAAAUGGCUUGAGUUGUGCUAUAAUUCACAUUGCUCGAAUCCAUUUUGAAAAGCAAGUUGGAUUUCUAAAGGAAUGUAGUCUCCAAGUUUAGUGUCUGCACACCCUGUCAAUGGUUUCAUUCUCUCAAAUUUUAUUUUAUCAUAAAGGAACAUGCCAUGGGGAAACUACCCCUCGGACACAGGACAGCUGUUCAGGCUGCCCACUGCAUUAAACAGGUGACUUAUCAUGCCUAUUCUCGGCUCUGCUCCUACUUCCUGUGCUCCGUGUUUGUCGCUGUAAUGGAGUGCCUUGCAGCCAUGUCUGUAGUGCUUUGUGUAGUAGGUGUGUGUCAGUAUGUUGUACUAUGUGUAUAUGUGUCUGAUGUUUGCAUGGUGGUUUGAGAUGCUUUCAGAGAACUCGUAUACAAGCAUAGAGUAGCACGCACGGCUGGGUGCGUACAUACCCAUGUCUAAUGCUGUGUGUAGUUGUAUGUGUGACUAAUAUAUGUAUAUUGGCGUACUUUGGGUGGCCAUAGGCAUCUGUAGCUGUGUAGUACCGUAACAUACAUGUUUUGUGUGUAUAUUAGUUAUGAUACUUUGUAUGUAGUAGAGUGUGUGGUGGGUGCUGAAUGGGUAGUACUGUAAUAUACAUGCUGGUAGCUAAUGAAGUGAUUGUAGGGUCGUGGCUUGCGGUGCUUACGGCUAUACACUGGUGAUUUUACCUUAUUCAUGCUUUUCUAUGUUUUGUUGUACUCUCUGCCUUCUGUCACAUUGCAUGUUUUGAUGUAGGUAUGUCCUAUUUUUUAUUUUAUUUUCUCUCAGAACAAACUCAGACUCAGCCCUGCACACCAGCUUAAUGAACCCCAGCUCCCAGGACCCAUACCACAACCCUUCACAGAUUGUACACCCUGCAAGCAGGAGGAGCGGUGAGUUCUUGUGGAAUGGCGAGGUGUGGGGGGGAAUUGGUGAUCGAUUUAUUUUAGUUUAAAUGUAAAGACAAUAGCGCUAGCUGUGUAAACUGGAAUGGAGCACGUUAAAUGACCAUUACGGGUUUCGAUGUAAAAGCCUUGUGUAGUUUACAACAGCUUCUUCCCAGGAGUUCUUAUUAAGUGGGCUAUAGUGUCACCUUCAUGACCAUAGAUUGCUAAGCUCGUUAGGAUUGGGAAACUAAAUAGUUUUGGAAAGUAUGGGUGAAGGGCUAAGUUUGUCUAAGUGAUGGCUGAUUGUCUUAUUAAGAAGGAGAUUUAACUAGGAGCAGGAACAGAGCAGCUUAAUGUCCUAACAAGGGUUAGAACUGAUAUGUUUUUAUCCCCACAGCAUUUCCCUUCCCUGUCCCAGCAAUCGAGGAAAACCUGCAGUCAGAUGGCAAACACUUACUGAAACCAAGCGAUACCAAGAAAGUGAGCAUUCAUUUACCUGAAUUAUGGGUGUCUGGGUUGAUGUGUGUUACAUGGAUCAGAAUAGCAGUGACUACAGCCCAAUGUGCCAGUUUGCAAGAGGUGUACGUACUAUGUGCUAAAAGACAUGGCAAUACCAGCAUUAAAUAAUAGACAUCUUUCACACUAAUGUUAAAUGUAGCAAUCUGUUGCUGACUUCCAGACAGGACCAGAUACGCUGAUAUUGGAGUCAGACAUGGCACAGGACGGUAAUGUAACAACAUAUAGCCAAGACCAAAUCCUUAAGAAGAAUAUAUAAUAUAUAUGUGUUUUCAGAGAUGCAUUGUGAUUGCCAUUUGAUCUUUUCUGACCUUAUUCUUUCUGCUUGUUACAUCGUCAGCUCCCAGCAUCUUCUGCUCGACCAAAGUCCUGUGAAGUUCCUGGAAUUAAGUAAGUGACCCAAAAUCCCAAGGCUUAGCAGUAGAGGAACUGUUCUCUCUAUAUUCAUUGGUGUCACCUUAGGGAGCAUGAGUUCGGCGACAGCUGAAAAUGAUCUGCCAAUAGGUACAGCCAGAUGGGUAUACUGCUACAGGAAGCAGAACGUGCGGGAACUGUCAACUUAUGGGCACAGUGGGGUGGGUAAACGGUCAGGGUUUUGGCCUUGAUUUUAAGGAUUGUGGAUAAGCUUUUCAAACAAUUUAAUAUUUUUGGAUAUACUUAAAAUUAUUUUUUCAAAAUAUUAAAAUAUAAAAAAAAAUCCUAUAUAAAAAAAUCUAUCAUUCUACCAAAAAGCAUCAUAAUAUUAACUUAUUUUUGAUAAUAUUAAAUAGUUUUAAAGGUUUAUCCAAAAAUGUUAAAUCAUUUGAAAAUCUAAAAUAUUACCCCAUAAGGACCGAUGACGGUUCAUGACCGUCACCGGAAACAUUCCCUUGAGGACCGAUGACAGUCCUGAACUGUCAUAAUGGUAUUAGGUACUUACCUGAUCGCCACCGUUCCCCCGGUGGCUAACGACGCUGCUCACGGUCCAGGGGGACUGCCUGUCUGCUCAGACAGUCUCCCUGCGGCAAAUUAGGACCCCGUGGUCACGUGAUCGCUCUAACAGAGGUGCCUGUGUAUCUGCCUGCAGGGGGACUAUCUGUGCUGACAGGCAGUCUCCCUGCAAGUGUAAAAAAAAAAAAAAAAGUAAAAAAAAAAAAAAAGCAAUCCGUGUAAAAAAAUUAAAUAUAUAUAAUUUAAUAAUAAUCUUAUAUACAUAAUGUCAAACUAAGUGUGUGUGUGUAUAUAUAUAUAUAUAUAUGUGUGUAAUUUUAUUCUAACGGUAUUUUGAUAUUAAUAUAUAAAUAAAUAAAAAUAAUAAGAAAUAUUCAUAUGUCCAUAUACAUAAUUACAUAAAUAUACACGCAGACGUCAAAUAUAUAAAUACCAUAUAUACUCAAGUAUAAGCCGACCCGAAUAUAACCCGAGGCACCUAAUUUUACCACAAAAAACUGGGAAAACUUAUUGACUCGAGUAUAAGCCUAGGGUGGGAAAUGCAGCAGCUACUGAUAAAUUUUAAAACUAAAAAUAGAUACCAAUAAAAUUACAUUAAUUGAGGCAUCAGUGCCGUACUGGGCAAGAACCAUAACAUUUUCUUAUUUAUGAAAAUCCAUCUUUAACACUUUUUGGACAGGUAUAUUUAUAAAAAUAACAAAAGUAAAACACAAGCUUUACUGAAGAAAUUAUUGUUACAUUAAACAAAAUAUAAUCAGUUUGAUUGGAAAUAAGACAAUAUCACCCAUUUAGGUGUUCAACUUACCAAAAAUACACAUUCUUUACUUAAAGCAAUCCAUUUAAAAUGAUGCAUAAUACAUUUGUGUUGUGGUCAUUAAUGGCGGUGUCGUUGUUUAACUGUUUUGAAAAUGUCAAUGUUACCAGGUAUUCUUUAUCUGUCUAUAUAUAUAUAUAUAUAUAUUUUCUAAUGUCAUUCUCCUCACCUCCCCUUCCCUGUAGCGUGGCCGAGCUCUUCUCUGGUCUGCGGUACAGGAGUUUCUGUUUCCUGUUCCAGUCUCGCCGGGUACAGGAAACGGAUGUUCCUGUAUCACGGACUGGAGAGGAGCUCGGGCACGCUACAGGAAAGGGGAGGGGAGGUGAGGAGAGAGGCAGUGCUGCAGCCGCCUGAGGCUCUCUAUAGAGUGCUUAGGCGGCUGCCGCAUUAGAGACCUAGGCAGCUGCCUAUUUCGCCUUAUAGGUAUAGAAAGCGAGGGGGGCUUUUUCUGCAUAAAAAAUGUGCUGAACAAGUCGGCUUAUACACGAGUAUAUACGGUAUGUGUGUGUAUGUAUAUGUAUAUAUAUAUAUAUUUAAAUUCUACGUGCAUAUUUAUGUAAUAUUUUUACAUAAUUAAGUGAUUUUAUUGAUUGCUGUUUGAGGGAUCUGCCUGACAACCCAGGCCGAAAGUCCAGGGAACUUAAUUUGCUAGCACUGUGUUUAACCCUGUAACUUUCUAUGACACCCUAAAACCUGUACAUGGGGCAUACUGUUUUACUCGGGAGUCUUUGCUGAACUUUUUUUUUUUCAUUGAAGUUUGCCAGAUUGGUUAUGUUGCCUUUGAGAGCGUAUGGUAGCCCAGGAAUGAGAAUUAGCUCCAUGAUGGCAUACCAUUUGCAAAAAAAGACAGCCCAAGUAUUGCAAAUGGGGUAUGUCCAGCCUUUUCUAGUAGCCACUUAGUCACAAACACUGGGCAAAGUUAGCGUUCAUAAUAGUUUUUUGCAUUUUUAACACACAAACAAAUAUAAAUGCUAACUUUGGCCAGUGUUUGUGACUAAGUAGCCACUGAAAAAGACUGGACAUACCCCAUAUUGAAUACCCUGGAUUAUCUACUUUAAAAAAAAUAUGUACAUGUGAGGGGUGAUUCAGGGAUUUCUGACAGAUAAUAGUGUUACAAUGUCACUAUUGAUACAUUUAAAAAAAUAUAUGUUGAAACAGCAAUUUCCUACUUGUACUUAUAGUCCUAUAACUUGCAACAACAAAAAAAGAAUGUAAACACUGGGUGUUUUUAAACUCUGGACAAAAUUUUGAAUCUAUUUAGCAGGUUUUUCAUUAGCUUUUGUAGAGAAGUAAAACAUUUUUCAAGUAAAAGUCCAAAAACAUGGGUUUUUUUUCCCGAUUUUUCAUGAUAUAAAUAAUGGUAUGUAAAGAAAGCCCUUCUUGUCCUAAAAAAACAAAUAUAUAAUUUGUAUGGGAACUGUAAAUGAGAGAGCGGAAAAUUACAGCUAAACACAAACACCACAAAAGUGUUAAAAUCGCUCUGGUCCUUAAUGUUUGGGAAAUAUUUGUAACAAUUUGUCUAUCAUUGACUUUCUACAGGCACCAGCUGACACAUAAACACUUGUAUCUGUGACAACAUUGGUAAUUUUACUAUUUUUGCUUCUAGCAUUUACCCUUCCAUGGACCAGCCUGCCAACAUGCCCUCCGUGCCCAAUGUACUCAGUACUGGGGGAUCACUGCCUGAUCUGACAAACCUGCACUCUCCCCACCCUACCCCACGGGAUGCUGAGGAUUCUGGUUUCAAAAGCCUGAGUGGGGGGAACAGCACUGGCAAUCUUGCCAACACCAUGACCCAUCUGGGCAUAAGCCGGAUCGGUCUGCCACCAGCCUAUGAUUCAUCAGGUAUGGUCUUUAGGCACUCCUUUCAUUCCUUGUUUAAACCGAAUGUCUUCCUGAAUGAAGAGUCCUCCAGAUGUGUUAAUGCCCUAUCUUUAUACAGGUUUCCCGUCACUGAGCCGUCCAUCUCUGCAAUCAUCUCUCAGCAACCCAAAUCUACAGGCUUCACUAAGCAGCACCUCUCUGCAGAGUUCCUUCAGCAACCCAUCUCUGCAGUCCUCGCUCAGCAGCCAAUCCUUGCCCUCCUCUCUCAGUUAUCAGUCAAUCUCCCCUUCUGCCAGCAACCACAGCCUGCAAUCUGCUUACAGCACUCCUUCCUCACCUUCUUCGUCAUCCUCAUUUCCGCCACUGGCGCCUGCCUCCAUGAACACUUCCCCACGCCGUAGAGUUCCACUUAGUCCCCUUUCACUGCCAAUGGGGGGAGAUUCCAGGAGGCCACACCAGAAGCAGUUCUCCCCUACAAUGUCCCCUACCCUUUCUUCUAUAACACAGGUAGGUCCUUAACUCAUGUUUGUGUGUUGCACAAGGUCACAGGACUGUGUCACACGGAUUUACUUGUACAGUGCAUUCCUUGUAGGAUUGUAUUUCUUAUUAUGUGUUAUGUCAUUUCCAGGGAGUCCCUUUGGAUACAAGCAAACUGCCAACAGAUCAAAGGCUGCCCAUGUACCACUUCAAUCUUCCAAAUUUAUUACAGCAACCACAGCAUCCCUCUCAGCAUCCAGUAAUGUAUUCAACACAGCAAACAAUGCCUCAACAGCCAACACAGCAACAAAUGCCUCAGCAGCUGGCACAGCAAACAAUGCAUCAUUCGCAGCAGCCAACACAGCAAACAAUGCAUCAUUCGCAGCAGCCAACACAGCAAACAAUGCAUCAUUUGCAGCAGCCGGCACAGCAAACAAUGCAGCAUUCGCAGCAUUCGGCACAGCAAACAAUGCAGCAUUCGCAGCAUUCGGCACAGCAAACAAUGCAGCAUUCGCAGCAGCCAACAUCGCAAACAAUGCAUCAGUCGCAGCAGCCAACACAGCAAACAAUGCAUCAGUUGCAACAGGUAGCACAGCAAACAAUGCAUCAGUCGCAGCAGCAAACAAUGCAUCAGUUGCAACAGGCAGCACAGCAAACAAUGAAUCAGUUGCAACAGGCAGCACAGCAAGUAAUGCAUCAGUCGCAGCAGCUGGAAGAGCAAAAAAUGUCUCAAUCUCAAUAUUCGGCUCAACAAAUAAUGCAUCAGUCGCAGCAUCCAGCAUCGCAGUCAAUGCAUCAAACACAGCAUCCAGCAUCACAAUCAAUGCAUCAAUCACAGCAUCCAUCAUCGCAGUCAAUGCAUCAGUCACAUCAAACCUCAUCGCAAUCAAUGCAUCAGUCGCAGCAUCCAUCAUCACAAUCAAUGUAUCAGUCACAGCAGGCAGCACAUCAAGCAAUGCAUCAGGCAAUGCGUGAGUCGCAGCAUUCUGCACAGCAAGCAAUGCAUGAUUCACAGCAUUCAGCACAGCAAGCAAUGCAUGAGUCACAGCAUUCAGCACAGCAAGCAAUGCAUGAGUCGCAGCAUCCAGCACAGCAAGCAAGGCAUCAGUCGCAGCAAGCAGCACAGCAAGCAAUGCAUCAGUUGCAGCAGGCAGGACAACAAACAAUGCAUCCGUUGCAGCAGGCAGGACAGCAAACAAUGCAUCAGUCGCAGCAGGCAGGACAACAAACAAUGCAGCAGUCGCAGCAGUCGGCAGAGCAAACCAUGCAUCAGUCACAGCAGCCAGCACAGCAAACAAUGCAUCAGCCGCAGCAGUCGGGAGAGCAAACCAUGCAGCAGUCACAGCAGCCAGCACAGCAAUCCAUACAUCAGUCGGCACAGCAAACCAUGCAUCAGUCGCAGCAGCCGGCACAGCAAACCAUGCAUCAGUCGCAGCAGCCGGCACAGCAAACCAUGCAUCAGUCGCAGCAGCCGGCACAGCAAACCAUGCAUCAGUCGCAGCAGCCGGCACAGCAAACCAUGCAUCAGUCGCAGCAGCCGGCACAGCAAACCAUGCAUCAGUCGCAGCAGCCGGCACAGCAAACCAUGCAUCAGUCGCAGCAGCCGGCACAGCAAACCAUGCAUCAGUCGCAGCAGCCGGCACAGCAAACAGUACAUCCCUCUCAGCAAUCUUCAUAUCAGUCACAUCAAACACUGAACCAAUCUUCACAGCGCCAGUCUCUGCAACAUUUGCAGCAAAUGCACGAACACCAACCACCUCCUUAUCAAGAUUUACAGAAGCCAUCAAAUUACUUCUCUUUAUGCCAGCAGAAUUCAGGGGGUCAGCCGUAUCAGCAUCUCCUUGGUUUUAAUCUUAGCACUGUGAGUACCAUCAUGGUCCGGUUCUUUAUUUCCACUCCCUCCACUCCACUGCUGCUCACUAAUCACAGAUAGAACUCUUCUACUUAAUACGUAUAAGCUGUGGAUUAUCCCUGCCUUGUUAGGCCUGGUCAGUCUGUAUGCUUCUAGUCUGUUGGCUAUAUUGCCCAUCAGUGUCCUCAAUGGUCAAUAUAGAUCUCUCUAUCGCUUUCUCUCUCUUCCCCUCCCCAACCCCCAGCAUUCAGAGUGCAGGCCAGUUCUCUCUCUCUCAGCAUUCAGAGUGCAGGACAGUUCUCUCUCACUCAGCAUUCAGAGUGCAGGCCGGUCCUCUCUCUCUCUCAGCAUUCAGAGUGCAGGCCAGUUCUCUCUCCCUCCACAUUUAGAGUGCAGGCCAGUUCUCUCUCCCCCCACAUUUAGAGUGCAGGCCAGUUCUUCCUCUCUCUCCCCACAUUUAGAGUGCAUGCCAGUUCUCUCUCCCCCCCCCACAUUAGAGUGCAGCCCAGUUCUUCCUCUCUCCCCACAUUAGAGUGCAGCCCAAUUCUUCCUCUCUCCCCACAUUAGAGUGCAGCCCAGUUCUUCCUCUCUAUCCCCACAUUAGAGUGCAGACCAGUUCUCUCUCUCCCCACAUUAAGAGUGCAGGCCAGUUCUUCCUCUCUCUCCCCACAUUUAGAGUGCAGGCCAGUUCUCACUCUCCCCACAUUUAGAGUGCAGGCCAGUUCUCACUCUCCCCACAUUUAGAGUGCAGGCCAGUUCUCACUCUCCCCACAUUUAGAGUGCAGGCCAGGCCUUCCCAUCUCUCCCCACAUUUAGAGUGCAGGCCAGGUCUUCCCAUCUCUCCCCAGAUUCAAAAUGCAGGCCAGUUCUUCCCCCCUCUCUCCCCGCUUUCAGAGUGCAGGUCAUUUCUUUCUCUCUCUUCUAUAUGUGUGUAGGUGCACUGUUGACCAACUGAACUUUGUCAUAUAAAUGACUUGCCUUCUUGGAACAUCAAUAUUAUGGUUUUAUUGCCACGGUCAAUAAAAACAUUCCUUGUCUUAAUUCUUCAGACAUUAUAUAAAGGAAUUAAUAUUUGUAUUAUCUUAGGACAAUAAAGAUGGAGAAGGCUCUUCUUUCCAUACCAUUGAGAUGGAUGUAAUCUGUGGUUAUAGUGGAUGUAACCUAUUAAUGCUGGGAACAUACGUACUUCAGAUUGUAUAGAUGCAAUCUAUGAAAACAAUAGUUGUGGUCAAGUUAAGACAAAAGUAGCAGUGCAUAUAAUAUCAUGUAAUUCUAGUUAUCUUAUAUAUAUAUAUUGUAGGCAAUAUUGUAUUAUGAUAAAAACAAAGAUAUUGGACGAAACAAAUUAAUAUAAAUCUCAUGCAUUCUUCAAUAAUCAAAUUCCUAUUAUAAUAACUAUAAACGCUUUUACUUAUACUUUAAUUAUGUCUACUACACUAAUUUUAUUUGAGAGAUUUCUGGUUUAAUUUUUCACCUCUUUAAAAAAAAAAAAUUAGGAAAGAAAAAAAGAAUGUUCUUUGUAUUAGUCGAGACAUGGCAUACGUCUUAAAUUCCACUGUAAUCCUCUCAUCUGAGAGGGUCUCGCCAUAUUUAUGGUUUGGGAAUUAGCGUUUGUAAAGUCCUUUUCAAAAUGAACUUUUUUCACAGGAUGAGUGAACAACAUGGCUUCUGGCAUCCAUGUUUAUGUUAAUUUUGAAAUAUCAGUUAAUUGUACAUAGUUCUUGUUUGAUAGAAUUAACGCAUUGAUAGUCAGAGGAUGUAAAUGUUUGUGGGAGUCAGUGACAAAUGGUUAUUCAGGCCUGGCUAUUUAACCUUGCAAUGUACCCUUUACUUUCAGUUUGAGCAGUCUAACAUGGAGAGUUCAAAUGGGCGGCAGGAUCCAAGCAGUGACGCCUUCUUCGGAGAUUAUCAUCAUGUUCUCACUGAUGACCUGAGUGGUAGCAGUGUCUACAACCCACAAUCCUUAAAUAAACAGAACCUCAACAAUUGCAGCCGGCAUGACCCCAUCCCAAAUAUCAUACUCACAGGUUUGUACCUUCCAGUAUUGCUCUAUUGUCAGGUGGUGGUCAUCCGCCUUCUCCCAGGUCAGCCUGUACUUCCUAUCUGCCUUUUCCCAGGUCAGCCUGUACUUCCUCUCUGCCUUCUCCCAGGUCAGACUGUACUUCCCCUCUGCCUUCUCCCAGGUCAGACUGUACUUCCCCUCUGCCUUCUCCCAGGUCAGACUGUACUUCCCCUCUGCCUUCUCCCAGGUCAGACUGUACUUCCCCUCUGCCUUCUCCCAGGUCAGACUGUACUUCCCCUCUGCCUUCUCCCAGGUCAGACUGUACUUCCCCUCUGCCUUCUCCCAGGUCAGACUGUACUGCCUCUCUGCAUUGACCCAGGAGGUGGUACCAUACAAGAAGUAAAGUAGUAUAUAAGCUGUCUUCUGUGUUUUACUAGAGAUUGAUCAUUGACAAGCCAGGUCAUAUAUGUUUAGUCACUGGUUAGGUUGGUAUAUGUUUUCCACAUAUCACAUUUGCCAAUAUAAGCCAGGCUUGUUGAUGCCAUUUGUUGAUGGAGGCAGGUAUACAUGUAAGACCGCCCAUAUUUGAUAGGUUCGUAGUCUGAAAUGGUGUAUAAAAGAUAUGUCUAUCUGACCAAUUAGGACAGGUAGAGGUGUAUGUCAUGAACACACUACUCCAAGUGUGCUUGCUGGAAUCUAUAUGGGCAACAGUUCGCUGUGAAUUGCUGCACAUACAGAGCUUAACUACUUUCCUGCCAAAAGUAUAACUAUAUCUCUGGCAGCAUCAUUGGGGCUUCAUUAGCCAGCCCGGAACUAGAGUCGGCUAAUGUCAAUUCUGUUUAUAUUCCGAUCAUGUGACGCUUUCUGCCAAUGAACGGCGGAGGGGAUAUCUGUCUUCUGCAGCUGCAUUACCAGGAUGCCAUCACAGCCGGCCACAUAGGACCCUUGGCCCAGUGGCGCCCCAGCUAAGAGAGCAAUGGCACCAGGAUACUUAUGAUACCAAAGCCACUACCACUCCCUGUAAUGGAGUAACCCUUUAAAAUAAGAUUCAAAUACAUUAUAGUAUCUGCUACUUUAUGUAAUGUCUACAUUUAAGAGUGCAUCUCCUCGCUUGCUAAUGAACAAUAAAGGUAGCCAUUUUCAAACCCACUUUGAUGGGACAACCAUAAACUGUAAAGGUAAUUAAGAUCUAGGUAGCAUUUAUAAAUCCUGAAGUUACAUGCCAGUCUCAAAAAUGCACCAUAGGAAUUUUAAUCAUUCAUAUGGUGCUCCACAAUAGAGGGUUUACAAACGGCUACCCCUAAAUGACAACGGUAAGCCAGGAGAUGCACUAAAAAUAGUUGUUGGCCUCAUAUGUUCUGCAUUACAGAUUAAUGCACAAUAAGACUGUAUUACAUGCACUUUUAUUUCCAGUAAUAAUUUGAGUUUUCCUUAAAAAAAAAAAAAAAAAAAUCCUUAACAUUUUCUUUUGUUUCCUAUAAAGUUUUUUAGGCAUUGCAUAAGUUAUCUUGGAAGUCAGGCAUUGUGAUGGCACCAGUCUGUGUGUCUGUCUAGGCUAAUAUAAUGUUUACGGAUACCAUGCACUGCUCACACACGUUCCCUUCCUUUUUAUGCAGACGUGGAUUCUUCUCCUGGUUUAUCCAAAGAGAUUACCACAGCUUUGUCCUGCAUCCCUGGUUUUGAAGUGGAUCAGUCACUGGGAUUGGAGGAUGACCUGAACAUUGGACCUCUUACUUUGGAUGGACUCAACAUGCUCACAGACCCUUAUGCCAUCCUAACAGACCCAAUGGUGGAAGAUUCCUUUCGCUCUGAUCGUCUGCAAUGAAGACUGAUGGCUUAACAGGUCUAGAGCAGACCUUCUCUAAAUCCCCUGUGAUUAUAGAGAAGCCCGGGAAGUCCCCAUGGCUUCACGAGUGUCAAGUGGUCAACCUACAGAAUGGUCCAAACAACCAAAGAUGAAAUCGCAGAAGAGUUUAGUAAACCUACACCUGUGUGACUGAGACCCAAGCAAAUCUGUUGUCAAGCCAAGGGAUGUAAGCAUAUUGGGUUAUUUUCUAUAACUUGCCAAACCCAAAACCGCCCAGCCCAUGAUUGUUAUAAUGUGACAAUUGGAGAAAAACAGUUUACAGAAAGCCAUGGGGUGUUCCUGCUGGUUAAGAGCAAAGCAUACCCGACUUAUGUCAACUUCCAAGCCAACAAAGUUCAUAAACUGAUGCAGCAUAUAAGGUGGUCACUCCUACGAUUGGAACCUGACCCUGCUACUUGCAGUCUGUAUAUAAACAUGGCCUUUCCUUGGUUACUCUCAUCCGCGCCGGUUAUUCUGUGGUAGUUGGAGACUGGUUCGCUUGCCACUGGGCGAUACGCCAACCUGUCAAGACAUUCUGCCUUCUGUGUGGUAUUGGCUCUAGCAGCCCACGGGUGAACCCAAGCCUGCCAAACUUGAACAUCAAUUUCUAAACUAUUGUCUUUGUUUUGUAAAAUGAAAAUUUGUAUUUUAGUUACUGAUUUUUGAGAAAAGAAUAUGUAUUUGUACUGUUUUUUUUGUUUUUGUUUUUUUUAACAUUUUUAUAAUUAUGUGUUUAAAAAGAACCAGGACUGGUGUGCUGAAGCACUUUAUGUGAGAAGCGGGGAGCAUGCUAAAAUCCCACAAUCCUUUGCGUUAAUGGUCUGGCACUUCAUUAUAAAUCAGAGCCUCUCGCAUUUCUUUUUGCAGCACCUAGUUCUCCUCAACUGGACAGUGUGGUAUUGAAGGAGAAUUACCUUCCCCGAACAAAAAAGGACAUCACAUUUCAGAGUUUUGUAUAUACCCCAGUGGAAAGACAGAGGUGCAUCACUUCCUGUGUGAAUGGUAACAGGAUAUGCAAACUUGUGCCGUGAGGUUUUUUUUUUUAUGAAGAGAGACCACAUUUUUUUAAUCCCAAAUCACUUCCUGUUGGAGCUUUAAAAACAACUGCUCUAACUACCCGCACAGUCAAAAUUUCAAAGGUUACAAAAGCUUUAGCACAGGUGAGUCAGUAAACGUGGCUGAAGGACUGAUUGAUUUGAAGUGUCCGUAGGAUAAAACUCUCCUGGGCAUACCCCAAGAAGUGAUACCAGUAAGUGUUGCUGUGAAUACAGAUGUUAUCCAUGGCCUUGAUCUAGUGUCAGAUAAGGUACUGCCCUGCCUGGAGAGCUUGCAAUCAGUCGUAUUUCAGAAUGAAAGCAAGUGAUUGGAGCACAUAUAGAAGGUCCAGACAUGACGCUGACAUGCAGCAGGCUGUAUUGCUGUAGUUGGGUCACAAUAUUUCAGAUGAGGGGAAGUAAUGGUUACGUUUUCCUACACAGGAAUUUUAGAGGUAACACGGGCUCCAUCCUACUAUAAUCACUAGAGAUCAGGGGAGCCAAACGUUAGGACAAAUAGCUUUUUUUGAGCAAAGGGCACACUGGGUAUCAAUAUAGCUUUAGUGCAUUUUGGCAAUGACUGUGCUGUGUACAUACCCUUGAUAAGAAAGUCUUUUCAUGGAUUAAGGGGGCGUAUCUAAGAAGAAAGGCAUAUGGUGCAGCAUUCUGCAAAACAUUUAAUUUAUUUAUUUAUUUUAUUUACAAAAACUAUAAAGAAAUGAGCAUGCCCAAAAGACCUUUAAAGUUGUAUUGGUGCCCGGAGUGUCCCUUUAAGCCUUAUCUGUUCGACUAUCUCUGUACUAGGCAGGUUUCUCAAUGGGAGAUUUGAGCCUCCCUACUAAAUGUAAUAACAAUAUUGAUUGGUUUUAUCCAUAAUGUCCCAGCCAUUUUGAUUGUAGCUGGGAUUUACCGAGUAACGUAGAGAAUGCUGUGUACGUUGUGUGGAUAAAUAUGCCUAGUUAGACUUUAAUACUUAGUCCAUCUUACCUUAUUGUACCCGAAGACUUUACAAUGGUCUUUAGUGCACCUCUUAAUUUAAUCCCUAGUUCUCAGUCCCCCCCCUCGUCCCCCCCAAAGAACACUGAUGGUUUGCUGUCAUAGCAGUCUGGUCUGUUCCAAAAUGGAAUGCUUACUCAUUUAAAAACACCACACAGUCCAUGAUGGUGUAUGCCAUUUAGGAACCUGGUUGUGAUAAUUGAUUUAGUCCUUAAUGGGUUAAAGGGGCUCUAUAAGUACCAUAACUACUAGAACUCCUUGAAGUUGUUGUGGUGAAAUGAUGUAUGGACUCAAUUCCUCCUGAUUAAUGUAAAACUAUUUUCAAACAGUUUAACAACUUUUGUCACCUACUGCCACUUGUCUGAUGCGGAAGCUGAAUUAUGACUGCAAAUUUGGCCUGGGCCAUCUUUAAUAUUCUGUCACUUCAUUAGGUAGCUGCCCUUUAACGUUCAAAUAGUUUUUAGUUUUUUUUUACUUAAACAGCUGUACAGAGCCCGCUCACCCCUGGAGCAUUUUAACGGUUAUAUGGUGAACUUGUGAUUUGUUGCUUUGAGCAAUUGUUGUUGUUGUUUUUUUUCUUUCUUUCUUGUUAAGCAACUUAAAAAUGCAACUGUUUCAAUUCUGUGAGCGUCAAUUAAGCCAGGAUUUUGCAAUGUCUCCCAUUCCAGGCUCUGUUGAUGGGAUUUUCCCUUGGUGGUAUGAAGACUGUGCUAUUUAGAAUUAAAAACAAAUUACGGUCUCAUAGCACUUUAAAUCGGUUAUCCUCUGCGGUCACAGAGCUGAGAUUGCAUCAGAGCACUUUGUGUCAUCCUUGCACUUAUAUUCCCACUGUGUUAUAUUAGCCAAUCAUGUUCCUUCACAUUGAACAGUGCAGGAAACUAGGAUAUAUAGAGAAAAUGACAAUGGGCAUUCUGAUUGGCUGAAAUGGUUGAAAACGUGUCUUUGCAUAUGUGCCUUGUCUCUGCUAUAUUGUGUUCCCCACAAUCUAAUUUUAUACAUUGGUUCCUCUUACAUUGUCUUAAAAGAAGGAUAUUUUUUUAUAAGAAGCAGUUUUUUCCCCUGUAAAUAAUGUAUUUUUUUUCUUGUAGCGCCUAUUUUGCCAGCAAAACAUUGAAGUGGAGAAUGUUACUGUCUUUCGGGUAAAAAGGAUUCAGGAAUUCUGCCCUCUUGUGUCACCCUAGAGAAUUGAAUCUCCCUUCUAGCACUUACGCAGCUAAACACGGCUGUAAUGUUUUUAUUUUAUCAUUUUUAAAAUCACUCCCUGUAGCUGUAACUGCGGCAACCUGUGCCACAGGGAAGUAAUGACAUAUAUGAAAAUAUAUAUAUUAAAAUAUUUUUUUUUGUCCAACAAAUGGUGUAGAAAUGUAUAUAUUUGUACUGAAGUUGUCCUUUUUAUGAUAGCACAAAAAAUAAAG